CGCCGCGCCUCAGCCCCACCCCGCAGUGUCCCUCGGGGCCGCCGCGGGGCCUGCGAACCGGGCGCGGCGUUCAGGCCAGUCAGCUGUUUCUCCCUGGGCAGAGGGCGGAAGCCCGAGCAGCCUGGGGCGGAGCUUCGCGCGGAACGAACGCCCACCCGUCCUACGUGCUCGUUCGUCUCCGUUCGCUGCGCGCGAGCCGGGAGUCCCCGCGGCGGGCGGCGGUGGCGUUGGCGGAAGGCGGUGGAGAGAAGCCCGCGGCUGCCGCGGCGACAGCGAAAUGGCGGAGACGGUAGCGGACACCCGGCGGCUCAUCACCAAGCCGCAGAAUCUGAAUGACGCCUACGGGCCGCCCAGCAACUUCCUCGAGAUCGACGUGAGCAACCCGCAGACCGUGGGGGUCGGCCGGGGCCGCUUCACCACCUACGAGAUCAGGGUCAAGACAAAUCUUCCUAUCUUCAAGCUGAAGGAAUCUACUGUUAGAAGAAGAUACAGUGACUUUGAGUGGCUUCGAAGUGAACUAGAAAGAGAGAGCAAGGUUGUAGUUCCCCCACUCCCUGGGAAAGCAUUUUUGCGGCAGCUUCCUUUUAGAGGAGACGAUGGAAUAUUUGAUGACAAUUUCAUCGAGGAAAGGAAGCAAGGGCUGGAACAGUUCAUAAACAAGGUCGCUGGUCAUCCUCUGGCCCAGAAUGAACGUUGUCUUCACAUGUUUUUACAGGAUGAAAUUAUAGAUAAAAGCUAUACUCCAUCUAAAAUAAGACAUGCCUGAGUUUGGUGAGAAGAAGCAAAACCCGAGACCAUUAAUGAUUCAUCCGCACCAAUGAAGAAGUUGUAACUAACUAGCAUGCUGCGCAGACACUGGCAUAGCAUGCCCUGGGUACACUAACACUCACCUGCUCCCUUUCGUUCCGCUUGUCUUGGCAGUUGACAAGACAUUCGUUUGCUUUAGUGAAACUCCCUCGCUCCAGCCUCUCUAAGUAGCUCUUCCCGCUGUGUCCGUGUGCACACUGUAGCCCCACAGCCCCGUAGAACCUGCAGUGUCCUGACUAAAGCUGCCGACUUGCUCUCAUUUGCAGUUUCUGUGUCAUGUUUGCUUCUUGAAUCUGAUUGACUAGAAUAUUUCUCCCCCCUGCCCCUUGAUGUGUGAUGUCACCACCUGGUCCUAAUUUAUGUGCAGGAGCACGACACCACUUGUCUCCAGCGCCACACAUCCGAGGUGUACUUUGUGUGCAGAAUGUGUCUUCCUUCUGGCCUGUAAUCCCCUUCCCAUGAAAGAUUAAUGAGGGAAAUCUUUAUAUUCUGUAUAAAAACAAAAUCAAAUUUAUAUACUAAAAUCAUUUGUCUAAAAUUUAAGUUGUUUUCAAAUAAAAGUUGAAAUGC